GCCACAAACUGGCCACACUCAGCUGUAAUCAUUGCCACAGAUAACUAGAUACCUUUCUGGCAAGUUGAUAGGUGAGGUAAGGAAAGCGUUUUCCUUGAUUGACUGCCAUCGCCAGAAUGCCUCGCAGUCUCCACUUCAAACGGACGCCGGCGGAGCAGGCCGCGCACGAUGCUCGCAAAGCUCGCAGGUCAGCGCGUCGAGCAGAGAAACAGGGCGAACCCUCUCGCAAACGUCAGCGGCGCGAACGAGACUCGCCGAAGCUGCGUCGCUGGGCAUCUGACGAUGAGGAUGACGAUGGGAACGGGAGCGAGGAAUACGGCCCUCAGCCUGCUCGACCAGGCGCAGGUCCGUCGCGACAUAUGUUCGACCCAGACGCGAUUCGCGCGGAGGUCGAGGAGGCACGAUUUCGGGAGAAGAUGUUUGGGGCAUUGGAUGACGACGAGCGUUUAGACUUUGUGGAGGCGCGUCUCAACGACUAUGCUCAUGUGCCGAAGCGGUGGAGGGCGCAUGGGUUUGGCGCUGGUGGAGUGGAUCAGGAUCAGGACCUGUUGGACGCAGACCCAAGAUUGAUGGAGGAUGAGGAGUACGUUGAGUGGGUGCGUGCAGGAAUGUGGAGGAGGAAGCACGCUGCAGAACAUGCAGAACAGCAACGGCAGCAAGCCGCGUUCGCUGCCAUCCAAGCGGAGGCGGCGGCGCGGGAAAAAGCAGCGGCCAACGCUCGUCGAACGAAACGGCGAGAGCGAGAGCGCAGGCGCGAGCGCGAUACGCGCAUGCUCUAUGACCAACGCUGGCGGGAACUCCUUCAGCCACCUGCCAUCAAUUCGGAAGAACCUGCCGUCCUAUCUUUCGUCGAUAUACCCUGGCCCAUCCUGAAGGGCAAGCUCUCGGACGGAGAGAUGCUGCACGCUAUCAGCGUGAAGGAGCUCACUGCAGAAGCCAUAUCAUCGUUCCUCUUUUUAUUGGAUAUUGAGCAGGAUCUAGAUCCCACAGGGCUCGCUAAGAUACGCAAAGAGCGUCUGCGCGAGACGAUGUUGCGAUUCCACCCAGACAAGUUUGAAGGACGCGUGAUGAGUAUGGUACGCGAGCAGGACAAGAGUGCUGUGCGCGAGGGGGUUGGCGCUGUUGUGCGUGCCGUGAGCGCCUUGAUGGGGGAGAAAGCUUCAUAGACGGUUGGUGGCAUGUACGCUUAUCUACAAACCAUCUCAAUGUGAGAAGGCUGACGACAAUGAAGGUCGUACCAAU